CGCCACUUACUACAACGUUAUGUAUUUUCCAGAGUUAUUGUUAGCUAGGAGGAAGACAUGGAGGGUUCAACGCUGACACAGAGGAGGGCUGAGUGUCAGUUGAAGGAAAGGGAGAUCCAGACAGACUACAUGAUGGAGCUGGGAGCCAGGUUGGCUCUGGUGAGACAGAUCCAGAGGGAGCAGGAGAAGGAGAUGAAGAGGAUUUGGUUUGAGACGAGGAAAAUGCCAAGCCUGAUUGAGGAGAAUGUGAGAGAUGUGACCCACCGUCCACUCACUGAGUUCAUUGCUCCCUGUAUUGACUCCCUCCCACCGCUGGCUUUCACCAAUCGGAGGCCUAUACCAACCAUGUUACAUCCCCCCUCUCCAUUGGCCAUACGCACUCAGGAUGCACAGCGGUUCCUUGUAUUUUCAUACUUUGUCCCUGCUGAGUGCCCAGUUGCCACAGAGGCCACAGCAGAUGUAUCUACUGGUAAAAGAGAGGACUUAUUGACAGAUACACAUCUUUCAUCAAUGCUGCAUCGAUACCUGCCACACUUCUUGAAUGAUGACUCCAUUCCACCACAGCAGACAGUAGAGGGAACCACUGAGCUCUCAGUUGCUCCAGUGGCAAUAUCUAAUAUAAAGGAAGAGGACAGAUUCUAUCCUUUCUCCCUCCCACCACUGGCUCAGCGGUUCGUUGUUAAUUCAUUCAGAAGUCUUCCUUCAGUGCUGCCUCCAUGCCUGCCACCAAUCUUUGACGAUGACUUCAUGCCUCCAGAGCAGACAGUAGAGGAUGCCUAUGAGGUCUCAGGUGCUACAGAGAACACUUCAGGCACAGCUACUGUUGAUGGAGUGGACAGAUCAACAGCUAAAUGCCCUGUCCCAAUGCUGCCUCCAAGUCUGCCACCUGUCUUUGGCAUUGACUACAAACUGCCAGAGGAGGCAGUAGAGGGAACCAACAAGUGUCCAGUCGCCAGUGAAUCUGCCGCUUCCGUGUCCGCUGUCCUCCAAGAGGAGUUUUUAGCUGAUAAGAGUCUUCCUGCACCCGCAGCACUGCCUCUAAGGCUGCCCUGCACCCACAGCAUUGACCACAAACAGCUAUGGGAGAAAGUUGAGGACAACACAGAGUUCUCAGUAGACAAAGAAGCAACUGUUGCCAUUUACACUUGGGAAGAUAAAAGUCCUUCAGUUCUGCCAUGCAUCCACAACAACAACGACCACCAACUACCAGAGGAGACAGUUGAGGACAACACAGACUGCUCAGUUGACACCGAGGCAAGUGCAGUUGCAUCCACUGUCAAGAGAGAGGAACUGACGGGUGAUAAAAGCCCUGUCCGAGCAAUUCCUCCAAUCCUGGGAUGCAUCCAUGACAAGGACCACAAGGAGCCAGAGCAGAAAGUGAAGGGCCCUAGUGAAGAGGUGGAUCUCUGCCCUCACGCUCACCAGCUGGACCCAGAUGUUAACUUAACUCUGACAACCCGCAAUGAUGAACCCAGGACCUGGACCCUGGAAGAGGCAAAGGAUUAUUGGAUAGGCCUUGAAAGUGAGAGUGAAGAGAGGAGCGUCAAGGAGGAGGUGAGACAGAGGGAGGGAUUGAAGCGUGGGGCGGACUGUGCCCAUUCCAAGAGCUCCAAUGGGAUGGCUUCAUCAGAGAGAGCAGAGACCAUCCUUGGAAGAGUGGGCUUUCUGGUCAUGAACCACAUGCAGAAAAUCCCAUUUUUGAAGAUGAAGGAAAAAGAGAAAAAAUAAGA